UCAUUUCAAUUUGUAAUCAAAGUUAAAUCUCAAAUGUUGAUUUGUCUUUGAUAAUUUGUUAAUUGUUUGUCUUAACAAAAAACGAGCUUAUUUAAAUAGCAAUGCUUGUGAUUAACUGAUUAAUUGGUAAAGUGUUUAGCUAUUAUUGUGGACAAUUAAUCUAACAAUGUAUUCAAAUGAGGAAGCAGUAGUUAAUGAUGACGAUUGUGUUGACAAUCAAUCAAUUGUUGAUUCUAAUCAAUCAAGUGUUGAAGUGGACUCAACAUCAGCAUCACCAUCAACAGCAACAAUUAAUCAGCCCUCAGGCUAUAAUUGUUCAGAAACCAGUGAGGUUGCCAAAAAAGAGGCUAAUCUAUUGGCUAAUCUAAUCGGACGAAGUGGAUUAACUGAUUGUGAUGUUGAUUGUCAAUCUAAAGAUAACAAUAACAACUUAAGUACUUUUGAUAUGUGGAUGGACAUGGAUGAGAUUGAUUUAGAAGUAGAGAAUCAGGAUAAUUCAAUUAAAUCAGUUCAAUCAUCAUCAAAAGAGACAAUUAAAUCGACUAAUCAGUCAAAUCAAAUUGAUAUUGAUGCUAAUUGUUCAUCUAAUCAUUUGGAUAAAGUGAAACAUGAAAUGAAUAUUAAUUUACGAGAUGAAUGUGCGCAAAUCAACAAUUCAAUUAACUCAGGAGAUGAUUUAUUAUCACUGGUUGAUUCUUAAUUAUUAACAAUUAACUAAAUUGUGAUCAACUUUCAACUCUGCAACUUUUGUUUACUU